CCAAAAAGAUGUAGAAAUGAAAGUACUUCAGUUUGAAGUAUAUAACAGACGAUUCUUAUCGACUUUCGCAAUUAAUCAUUUUCUCCCCAAAACUGCACAUAUUGCACAGGACGUCGACUGUGCCACAUCAGUAGCUGACCAAUUCUUGAAAAGAAACAGAUCUUCGGAACAAUUAAUAUAAUUCAGAAGAAGAGGUUUGAAAUGAGUCUGAAAACCAUCUAUAUCAUCCUCCUAUUUGUCACUUUGUAUGAAGUUUCGUCAUCCAGUUGUAAAGCAAAAAAUGGAGACAAAGAUCAAGAUUGCUCAAAGAGAUAUUCAGAAAUAAAUGACGAGGUGCGGAUGUUACUAAUCGGUAAGACUGGCGUUGGCAAAAGUACCACUGGUAACACCAUAUUAGGAUUUAAUGCAUUCAAUACUAAAGUCUCUGCAACAUCAGUCACAACCAAAACAGAGUACAACGAAUCGAAGAGAUACGGUAAAAAACUGGUCGUUGUUGAUACUCCAGGACUAUUUGAUACAGGUCGAACAGCAAUGGAAGUUCUCAGAGAAAUAUCUCAGUGCUACUUUCUUACAUCUCCUGGUAUUCAUGCUAUAAUCUUGGUUGUUCAAGUUGGAAGAUUUACUGAGGAAGAACAAAAGACCGUAGAUUUAUUCAUAAAAGUUUUUGGAGAAGAUGCGAAAAAAUUCAUGAUUGUAGUAUUUACUGGGAAAGAUAGAUUAGAAAAUGAAGACAUGACUAUUCAGGACUUUGUCAGUACGAUGAAUAAAAGUUCAAACCUAGCCAUUAUACUCCAUGAAAUACAAGGAAGAUAUAUGGCCAUUGGAUACAGAGGACAGCAGAAAGAACGGGAGAAAGAAGUACGACAUAUGCUGUCAAUGAUCGAGAAAAUGGGAAAAGACAACGGUCAGUCAUUCUAUAGCAACGAUAUUUUUAAAAGAGUAGAAGAUAUGAUAAGAGAAGAUGAAAGAAAAAAAAUUGAAAAUUCAAAGAGCAAAGAAAAAACAUACACAGAAGAAGAAGUCCGACAAUUAAUGAGUGCAGAAAGGUCCAAAACGCGUGGAAAUCAACAAGACGGAUCGCCGUUUUUACGAAUCUUAGGUACUGUUGUAAAGGUAUUUACUUCAAUAGUUCGGUUUUUUGGAUUUUUUUGA